UACCGUAAAAUUGUAAACACUAAACUGUAUUGCCUAUAAACAUCAAGAAUUUGACUAAGGUGCGUUUUUCAAAAAAAAUUAUCGUGUUUCUAUCAAUCUAUCAGUUUAAAGUUUAAAAACAGUAAACACACACUAUGGUUUACAAAGAUUUUUAUAUUUACACUGAUCGAAACAAAUUGCUUACACCUUCUACCAUAGAGUAUAGGGUUGAGAAGUUAUUAAAACCCAAGGAAUUGAAACCUCAUAUAAAAGCAUGCUACGAAGAAUUGAAAUCAGAAGGUGCACAGUCUAUAUUUAAAAAUUUUGAUAAAAUUUUUUCAAUGAUUGAAUAUAUAGAUCAGACUGACUACAAUGAAUUACAUUUCGUUUAUGAAAAUAUUCUUGUUAAAAGUUUAAAUAUUAUUGCAUCAUUUUUUUCAAGUUAUGGAGAGAUUGAAGAUAUGUCACUAGAUCUACGACAUCAGUUUACAAAUAUCAUAAAAAUGAAUGUUUAUCUCUUUGUUGAAUUUGUUCAUAGUUUUAAUGCAAAAUUUGAAACUGAUUAUAAAUUAUUACUUCUUGAAACAAAAGGUAGAAAUAAAAAGCAGGACAUGAUUCAAAAACAUACUUCUGAUUAUGAUUGGAAUUGGGAAGAUAAAUUGAGUAUUGGAUUGAACGCAAUUAACAGUAUUAUUUCAAAUAAUAUCACUCAAUUAUAUGAUCCUCCUUAUAUUGAUCAUACUUUUAUAUCGUAUGUUGCUUCUUGUUGUUACACUCAGUUGGAAAAUCCUAGUAUUGCUUUUGUACGAACCAAAACACUUCGUGACAGUAUUAUGCAAAUUCUAGAAAUACUUAUUACUGACUAUGAUCAUACACACGAUUUUAAAAUCAAAGUAGUUCAACUGCUGAAAUUGUAUGAACAUUUGUCAUUGCCCUUGGCUAACACUGUUAUACACAUAAUUGAGUCUGGAGAUAAUCGUUCUUCAUUGAUCGAACUAAUUGUUAAAGAAAUCGCAGAAACAGGAGAAAUGGAAGGUAUAAAAGAAACAAGUAGUCAAGAAAUAACUGGUGGUAAAUCUUGUUGUGCUUUUCUUGUGGAAAUUGCCAGGCAUUGCCCUCAAUUGUUAUUGCCAAAUAUUGAGCAUUUGUUGCCAUGCUUAGAAUCUGAUCCAUAUACUAUGAGAAUUUGUGUCUUAAGUGUUCUGAAAGAAUUGAUUAUUCAUGUUUUAAAUAAUGAUGAAUUGGAUGAACUUCAGAGGAAAACGAGAGACGAUUAUAUAACUAUUAUGCAAGAUCAUCUAUUUGAUGUAAAUGCUUUUGUUCGAUCUAAGGUGCUACAGUUGUUUACGGCCAUAAUAAAUGAAGACUGUUUACCAAAGCAGAUGUAUGGGAUAAUAUUAAAUUGUGCAGAGGAAAAACUAUCUGACAAGAGUUCAUAUGUUACUAAAAGUGCUAUUCAACUAAUCAAAACAUUAAUCAGAUUAAAUCCAUAUAGUUGUGAUUUUACAGAAGAGAAACUACAUGAAAAAAUAAGAGAAGAAAACUGCUAUUUAAAAUGCAUGAAAAGAAUGCUUAAAGUCAAAACAGAUUGUGAAAUUAACAAGGAAGAUAUGUGGCCAUCAAUUGAGACACCUUUAAAUUUAUUUUUAGAGGAAACUUUUGAAGAUACAAGUUUAGAUGUUUUUGGCGAAGUCGAAAUAUUGAAGGAUAUGGAGUUACCUGAUAUUUUGAUGAAGAUAAAAAGUUAUAUUGGUUCCCAAAAAUUUAAGUUGGCUUUAAAAUAUGUAUUACGUGGAAGAGAGACAUUCAAGGAUGAAUCACUAUUCCAACUGAAAGAUGAAAAUAAUUUGCCAAAACAAUUUUUUUUAUUGUUAAAAAACAUUUGGUACUGUGAAAAUACAACGAUUUCAAUUGACUCAAUUAACAUAGACAAUUUAAAGCGGAUGAACAUUGAAGAAAUACAUUUUCUUAUUAUAUCAACAGAAACUAAAAUUGCAUACCUUCAGGAUUGUGCCGAUUAUUUACACACUAUUAAAAAAGCAUUAAUUACAAUAAGUCAAUUGAUGUUUGGAAAUACUUCAUCAGAAUCAUUAGAAGCUAUUGACUUUUUUACAACAGCUUAUAAAUUUGGUGUACCUCAUUCGCAGUGUGGUAUUGACGCUAUGCUAACAUUGAUAUUUUCAUCUGAUUCAAAUAUUAAAGAAGCUAUGAUGAAUUCAUAUAAAACAAUAUAUUUGAAUUUUGAAGAAAAAAAAGACUCGGCUGAGUCUCAGCACCACACURCAACCAUUAUGACCAGACUCGUAAGUUUAAUAAAGACUUUGAAUGUAAUUAACAGAAGAGCAUUUAAAGCUUUACUAAAUGAAUGGACAAAAAAUAAAACACUAGAUGAUGAAUGCAUUAUGGUGUUAUGGGCAUGGGUGACUAAAUCUAAAGAUAUUUUUGAUGAAGAUCGAGUAGUUGCUGCUCUUAUUUUAUCAUUGCUUGCCAGCGCACAGCCUUCUAUUGCAAUGGGGAACUUAGAAAGUAUUCUUCAGUAUGGAUUAUGUAAUGAAUUUCAUUUAUUUAUUUAUACUUGUCAAAUAUUGGAACCAAUUGCUCAAGAAGAUUUUAAAAGAUUUACUGAUAAUCACGAACUAGUUAAAAGAAUAUUUAAUGUAGUACAAAAAUGUUUUAAUGAAUGUAAUGUUCAAUUAUUCAAUGAUGUUGCUACAAAUGCUGUUAACAUAAUUUAUAAAUUGACAACUCAACCAGAUGCUACUUGUAUGACAUUGAUUAAAAAGUUGUAUAAAUCAAUGUUAACUAAUAAAAAUGGUUCCUCUCAGUUGAAACAAAAAUAUGUUCAAUUAAAUACUGUUACGUUUGCAAAAUUUAUUUAUGUCAUUGGUCACAUUGCACUACAGCAGUAUGAACAUUUAGAAAAUUAUGUUGCAAAGGAAUUAAUACAAAAUGUAAGAACUAAAUACCAAACUAAAAAAUUAAAAAUGGACAAAGCUAAAGAAGAUGAAAAUGUACAUGACUCUGAAGCUGCUGAGAUCGAGACUAUAUAUGAUCGAAUUCGACAAAUAUGUGAUAAAGAACUUUUAAAGGGAUAUGGAGUCAUUACUUAUUUUUCAAAACAUGUAUUAAGAGCGUGUAAUUCAAAUGAUCCAUAUUUGAAGGCAAAUGGUAUUAACUCUUUGGUCAAGUUUAUGAUGAUUUCCACUACAUUUUGUCACAAACACCUACCGACAUUUCUAAAUCUAAUUGAAAAUCCAGAUACCUUGGAUACAGCUAUUGAUAUCAUUUCUGGAUUUGGCUGGUUGGUUUAUAGACAUCCAAAUUUGUUGGAGCCUUGUACUGAUAAACUCUAUGCGAGGUUACAAGACAAAAAUAAUAAAGUUCGCUAUAGUACUUUAGUCACCAUUAUAGACCUUUUACGUCAAGAAAUGAUCAAAGUUAGAGGACAAAUUGCUGGUAUUGCCAAACUACUUGUUGAUGAAGAAGAAAUCAUUAACUAUACUGCAAAACAAUUUUUUGUCGUUAUUGCUGAUAAAGGAAACACUCUAUACAAUGUGUUAUCUGAUAUUAUUUCAACCUUGUCCAACCCUGAUGAUUUGGUACCAGAAAAUGACUUUCAGUCAAUUAUGAAAUUUUUACUUCCACUUAUUAACAAAGAACGCCAAAUUGAAUCUUUAGUUGACAAAUUAUGUCUAAGACUAAAAGAAUCAGAUAAUAAAAUUCAAGAAUAUUAUAUAUCUUAUUGCUUGAUGCUUAUUAAAUAUACCGACAAAAGCCUAACUAAGCUUUCAGACAAUAUAUCUUAUUACACUGACAAACUUAAAAACCCUAAAGUGUAUAACAACUUUAAUAUACUCAUAAGUGCUAAUUCUAAAAUGGCAAAACCAGCCACUAAAGAAAUAUUAAAUGAAUUAACUAGUAAGAUUGAAAAAAUUGUAAAAGAUGAAGACUUUGCUGUUAUGCUUUCCCAAAAAACUCCUGGAAAACGUUUAAAUACAGUAAAAAAGAGACCACCUGUAACUAUUACCAAUGAAUCCUCAGAUGAUGAAAUUGAACCAUUACAGUUGGUAACCAAACGAAGUGCUAGAUGUCGUAGCAGAGUUAAAAGGAGACUUAUCGAAAAUGAUAGUGAAGAAGAAAAUGAUGAAGAAAUUGCUCGUACGAGUGGUGUAAGUAAUGUUCAAAAGAUUCUUCGUAUUAAAGUCAAAGAAGAUAGUGAAACUGACGAUGAAAAAAUUAAUGUAAUCAAACGAACUACAAGAAGGAAUAAGUUUGGAAGUUUGAGUAAGAAAAAUACUCGGCAUGAAUCCUAAAUAAUUACAACAAAUUAUCAUUAAUGUCUUUCUGUAUUUUACUUAUGGGAUUUGUCAGUGUCCAAUUAUA